GCUUGUAGUGGCGGACUGGAGUUAGUUCAUAUGAAUUAGUGGUAUUUAUUCAUUUACUGGGCAACAACGAAACAUUAGACACGGCUAGCAUGGCGACCCUGGAUCAGAAGUCACCCAAUGUUCUUCUCCAGAGCCUGUGCUGCAGAAUUACGGGGAAAAGCGAAGCUGAAGUUGCCCACCAGUUCCAGUAUGCAGUACGAGUCAUUGGCAGUAACUACGCCCCCACUAUUGAACGGGACGAGUUCCUGGUGUCAGAGAAGAUCAAGAAAGAACUGCUGAAGCAGAGGAGAGAAGCAGAUGCUGCUCUGUUCUCAGAGCUGCACAGAAAACUUCAGACGCAGGGCGUCCUGAAGCAUCGCUGGUCUGUCCUCUACCUGCUGCUCAGCCUCUCUGAAGACCCUCGUAAACCGUCCAGCAGGGUUGGGAACUAUGGGGCAUUGUUUGCCCAGGCCCUCCCCAGAGACGCCCACUCCACGCCGUUCUACUGCACCCGGCCCCAGAGCCUGGCCCUGGGCUACGGGGAUAGAAGCGGCGGGCUCUCGGCCAGUGUGGGGACCAGUGGCAUCUCCAGUCUGGGAGUCUACACACUGAACGGACCCACGCCAACGCCGCAGUCGCUGCUGGCUGGUCAACAGCCUCAGUCAGCAGCUGGAGGUGGUCAGCCUCUGGGCUCUCGUCUAGCCUGGGCUCUUCCCCUGAGCUCCUCCCCGUCCUCCGCUCUGGCCCCGCCGACCACCCGCCCACCCCUCGGACCUCCGGGUCCCUCCACCAGAGUGGUCCGUCCUCGCCGAGACGGUGACGCAGGUGGGGAGGUGAGCGAGGCGGCGCUGGUGCGAGACAUUCUCUAUGUCUUCCAGGGAAUCGAUGGCAAGUUCAUCAAGAUGAGCGCCCAGGAUAACUGCUACAAGAUAGACAGCAAGCAGGUGGUGCUGUGCAAAUCCCUGAGGGACAUCAGCAGCAGACUGGCCGAGCUCGGCUGGCUCCACAACAAAGUCAGGAAGUACACCGAUGCCAGGAGCCUGGACCGGGCCUUUGGGCUGGUCGGACAGAGCUUCUGUGCCUCGCUCCACCAGGAGCUGAAGGAGUACUACAGGCUGCUGUCUGUCCUCCACUCACAGCUGCAGGUGGAGGAUGACCAAGGUGUGAACGUGUGCACGGAAAGCAGCCUGACUCUCAGGAGGCUGCUGGUUUGGAUGUAUGACCCCAAAGUACGGCUCAAAACGCUAGCCGCCCUCGUCGACUACUGCCAAGGUCGAAAGGGAGGCGAGCUGGCUUCAGCUGUUCAUGCCUAUGGGAAAACAGGAGACCCACAGAUGAGAGCGCUGGUUCAGCACAUCCUCAGCCUGGUGUCACACCCAAUCCUCAACUUCCUCUACAGGUGGAUCUAUGACGGAGAGCUAGAAGACACCUACCACGAGUUCUUUGUAGCAUCAGAUCCCAACGUGAAGACCGAUCGUCUGUGGCAUGACAAGUACUCCCUCAGGAAGUCUAUGAUCCCCUCAUUCAUCACCAUGGAUCAGGCCCGCAAGGUUCUGCUGAUCGGUAAAUCCAUUAACUUCCUGCAUCAGGUUUGUCACGACAGAACGCCGCCGGGCAAAAUCACGGCAGCAUCCAAGUCUGCAGACACACCUAAGGAUGCUGCAGAGCUGCUGUCCGACCUGGAGGGGGCGUUUCAGGAGAAAAUCGAUGCUGCCUACUUUGACACCAGCAAAUACCUGCUGGACGUUCUCAACCGCAACUACCUGCUGCUGGAGCACCUGCAGGCCAUGAGGAGAUACCUGCUGCUGGGCCAGGGAGACUUCAUCAGGCACCUCAUGGACCUGCUCAAACCAGAGCUGGUACGUCCUGCCACGACUUUGUACCAACACAACCUGACCGGUAUCCUGGAAACAGCCGUCAGAGCCACCAACGCCCAGUUCGACAACGCAGAGAUCCUCAAGAGGCUCGAUGUGCGCCUGCUGGAGGUGUCUCCCGGUGAUACAGGCUGGGAUGUUUUCAGUCUGGACUACCAUGUUGAGGGACCCAUUGCUACGGUGUUUACUAGGGAAUGUAUGGGCCACUACCUGCGUGUGUUUAAUUUCCUGUGGAGGGCCAAGAGGAUGGAGUACACACUGACUGACAUCUGGAAGGGACAGAUGUGUAAUGCCAAGCUGCUGAAAACCAUGCCUGAGUUGUCCGGCGUCCUGCACCAGUGUCACAUCCUGGCCUCCGAGAUGGUCCACUUCAUCCACCAAAUGCAGUACUACAUCACCUUCGAGGUGCUGGAGUGCUCCUGGGACGAGCUGUGGAACAAAGUGCAGCAGGCUCAGGACCUCGACCACAUCAUCGCUGCCCAUGAAGUCUUCCUGGACACCAUCAUCUCGAGAUGCCUGCUGGACAAUAACAGCAGGUCUCUGUUGAACCAGCUGAGGGCCAUAUUUGACCAGAUCAUAGAGUUUCAGAGCGCCCAGGACUCCCUCUACCGCUCUGCACUGGAGGAGCUCAGCCUUCGACUGCAGUAUGAGGAGAAGAAGCUGCAGAGAGAAGAGGAGGGUCAGUGGGGAGUGACGGCCGAACAGGAAGCAGAGGAGAAGAAGAGGAUUCAGGAGUUCCAGGAAACUAUACCAAAGAUGCGCUCCCAGCUCCGCAUACUCACACACUUCUACCAGAGCAUCGUCCAGCAGUUCCUGGUGCUGCUGAUGACAAGUUCAGACGAGAGUCUGCGUUUCCUCAGCUUCAGACUGGACUUCAACGAGCACUACAGGGCCAGAGAGCCGAGGCUGCGAGCUUCACUAGGCGCCACCCGAGGGCGACGACUGUCAAAUAUCUGACAUGGAGACAAUGGUAUUGACAAGCAACGCUUCCAGUCAUUGGAGCAUGGGGUGUGACGUCACAGAGAUGGGCCGACCAGCAGACUUUGAGCACGUCAUGUCGAGAUGAUGUCAUGCCUUGGAGGAGUCCUGGUAUCGCCGCGGCGGCAGUCACCAAGUGAUGACAUCACCGCAGACAGCCCCCCCCCAGUGGAGUCGGCCCGGCUUGUCGUGACAUGCAGAGCAGACACCCCUGGACAGACGGAGCUCCCCGCGUCACACGGCCGCCGCACAUGGCACGCCUUAUCAACGAGGAUAAACAAAACCUUUUUUUCUCAGCGUGGUUGCCAAAUCUAGUCCCAACACACACAUAAUGUAUGUACAUAGAGUUUAUGCAAAAAUGUAUGUAUGUGUGUAUAUAUGCACUCGUCUGUACCUGUGGCUUUGCAUCCUCUCACUAGGGUUGGACAGAUAUGGGUCCGAUAUUGAUGUUUUUUCAAUUUUGUAUUUAUUAAAAUGAUUAAUUGGGAUAAUUUUUACUACAGUUAUUCCACAAGAGACAGUGUUUCUGCUGCAGAGUUUUCUCUCUCUUAUGGUGGGAAAAAAAACAGCAUGAGGCGCUAAAGCUGUAUGGACGAGCAGGAAACUUCAGCAUAUUGAAUAUUUAAUAUUUAUGGUCAGUAUUGGCACAUCGCCCUAUCAGUCUAACCCUAGUUCUUCACUCACCUCCUUAAAAUCCAGGGUUUUUUUAGUAUGUCAGGUCAGCUGUCCAAUCACAAUCAGAGGAUUUGGAACUACACACACACACACGUGCGCACACACACACACACUUGUUUGCAGAUAAUCCUGCAUUGAGUGACAGGAAGACAAAACUGGUUCAUGCAGACAAAAAGCUCCUUUGUUGCUGAUAUGUUGUUGAUUUUAACUAAAUAGUUUUCUGUUUGUCAUUAGAUUUGUGAGACAUAACAAACAAAGGAUCUGGCUUCUGACCAGUGAGAUGAACCGACCGAUAUAAAGAAUGUUUUUAAGGGUUUACUGUGUAUUUAAAUCUGUUUUCUCGCUGUUUCCCUGCUUAGUUUACAGUAUGUGCUCUUAUGUCUGUAUGAGAGAUGGAUCAUGUUAAAGAAAACAAUCCUCACAACAACCACAACAACCUCACUUCUCGUCACUGCAUAAACAAUAAGAACUAUAAGUGUUCAGAUAUUUCAGUUUCUUUAAAUAUUGUAAAUAUUUCUAAAGCAAAGCUAAUGUUUAAAGAAUUUAAUGGUUAUAAAUGUUAACUCGGGCAGUUUAUUUUCUGAAAUAAGUCUAUUCCCUCAUUAUAAGUAAACAAGAGAGUUAGUGUUAUAAAGUGAGGUUUGCUUCAUGUUGUUCACCUAUAUUUUGUCUGUGAAAGACCAUAAAAACCUUUGGAUUUGAUCAUAUGAUUUUUAAAAAAAUGUUAAACAGAUGAGGAGAAGCAGCCAUGAUGAUAUCGCUGUGACCACAGGCUCAAAAACAUCAGCUGCACCCAAACCUAAAAAUAUCUGUCCAAGGUUUAAUCAGUCAGGGUCAGCGCGGCCUCAAAUUACGUACUUAUCCACUUACAGUUAUAGUCAGUCCCUGUUAUGUCCCAAAACACAACAGAGAAGUAAAAAUGUUAAUUUUGCUUUGGCUCAAAAAUGGAGAAUCAUCAGUCUUAAUUGCUGUGGUUGGACUUAGCUGCUGGAUUUCCGCUGUACUUCUCAUUCAAGUGCUUUGUGCUGUAGAAAAAGGCAAAAAAUGUUCGAGACUGAAAAGCCAAGUAGCAUUUUAAUCAUCCAGUUAUACAAUCAUUUCCAUGUGAACGGCUGUGAGCACUGAUCCUGGAUCAGGGGCCAGAUGUUUCUGAAACCAGUAAAAACAGAAAUUAGCAGACAUUGCACAUGCAUGUUAAAGGAUAUGUUUAACUCACUAACAAACAUGCAUCAAAAUUAAGUUUGUACACCUCCUCAUAGUUUUCAGUCUAGUCCGUUAGACCCCCAUAAUUUACGGUAACUUUAAUUAACUAUAUAAUAAUUCAGAAGUCCAUAUUAAACCUUUGUUUUGAGUUGUAAGUGGAGUGUGGGGUUUCUUUUGUUUCAUGGGGAGAUGUUUACUCCUGCAGAUUAACAACUCAAACUGUACUUUAACGUCUCGGCCUGUACUCAGAGUUCAGCAGCAGAUGUCCUCCAGCGUCAGCUCUGGAGUCACUGUCAACAGAUUCACUUCUAACAAUCCACAGAAACACGUGUGCAGGUUUGGUUUUUGACUGUUGUGUUGUUGUUUUUUUCAUUGUCAGUGGAACAAAUCGGUGCUGCAUACGGUCACUAGACCAGUUAACUGCUUUCCGACAAUGAAUUUCCUUCAUGGACACCACACUGAACCAGGGUCAGCACUCCUGCGCUGUCUGUCUGUCUGUCCUCUGCAUUGUAUAGCACAUAAUGUAUAGAAUAUAGGGAAACAAACCAUCCUGCUUCUUCUUUAAUAAAAUGUUUUUUUUUUUUUUUUUCUGUGUGUUCUA